AUGAAGCAGACCCUGCUAGGCGGCGCUGCGCUCAUUGGAGUUGCACAUGCGUUGAACUACACUUGCACCCCGAGCGCGAUCCAAGCCGCGCUCCCCGAAGGUGCCAGCGUAAAUUUCGCGUACCCUGUUGCCGCCAAUUCGACUUUCGAGGUGCCCAAGAGUGAUACUGGCUACCCAGACAGCCCUCCGAAUCUACCUGCUCUGUGUGCUGCCUCGGUCCAGAUUCAAUCAGUCGGCAACACAACCUUCAGCUUUGGAAUAUUUCUUCCUGAAGCGUGGAACGGCCGGUUUCUUGCUGUCGGAAACGGUGGCUUUGCAGGAGGUAUCAACUAUGCCGACAUGGCUGCCGGUGUACGUUACGGCUUUGCUGCCAUUUCGACGGGCACUGGCCACAAUUCUACUUCAGGCAACGGCACCUGGGCGUACCGACAACCUGACCGUGUUGAGAACUGGGGCCAUCUUGCCAUGCACGGAUCCGUUGUCGUUGGAAAAGAGAUCACUGCUGCGUACUACAAACAGAAUGCUACGUACAGUUACUACUCUGGUUGCUCGACCGGCGGUCGCCAAGGCUUAAAGGAGGCCGAGUACUAUCCUGAGGACUUCGAUGGCAUUGUCGCUGGAGCGCCAGCAUGGUGGACCAGUCAUCUUCAGCCCUGGACUGCCCGCAUUGCGUUGUACAACCUCCCCGUUACCGCCGACUACCACAUCCCUGUCGCACUAUACUCGACGUUGAAUGCAGAGAUCAUCAAGCAGUGCGACCCGCAAGAUGGCGUUGUCGAUAACAUCAUAUCGGACCCUCUCGGCUGCAACUUCCAGCCCACGACCUUGCUCUGUGGCUCUAACAGCACCGCCAACGCUACCUCGUGCUUUACGGAGCCUCAACUCGAUACAGUGUACAAUAUCUUCAGCGAUUACGUUGGCGAGAACAACACUUUCAUCUUCCCAUCUUUUUGGCUUGGCAGUGAAGGACAGCCCGUGUUCUUCUCAGGCAACGCGCCUAAUCCGCUCGGUCCUCAGUACGUACAGUACUUCCUAGGAAAGGGUCCAGACUGGUCCUUCAAUGACUACAACGACGAAAUUAUCACUCUGUCCGAUGCCAUCAACCCUGGAAACGCGACAGUAGAGUUUGACCUGUCUCGCUUCCACGCGAAGGGAGGCAAGAUUCUCUCAUACCACGGUAUGGCAGAUCCACUCAUCCCAACCGGCUCGACUCCCUACUUCUACGAUCAUGUCGUUCGUUCUUUGAAGCCGCAAGGCAUCGACGUUGACAACUUUUUCAAAUACUUCCUUGUGCCUGGUAUGAGCCACUGCUCCGGUACACAGGCCAGCAUGAAUGCACCGUGGUACUUUGCUGGUGGCAACCAGCAGGUUGCUCUGGCGGACGAUGUUUACAGCGUUCCCGGCUUUGAAGAUGAAGAGCAUGAUGUCCUCAAGGCAAUGAUGGCUUGGGUUGAAGAGGGCAGGGUGCCCGAGUACAUCAUCGGCACAAAGUACGUCAACGAUACGACGCACGACGAGGUUUUGCGACAGAGACCGCUUUGCGUCUACCCUAAGCAAGCAAAGUACACGGGUGAGGGUGAUGUUAAUGCCGCUGCGAACUGGGAGUGCAAGAGCCUAUUCUAG